ACCCCAAACGCCGUCGUCCAGGAGCCCUCUCCUACUUCCCACUUCCCGCUACUCCGCUUCCGCCGCCCUCUUCCUUUCCACCAUCGCUGAAGAAGCUCCAUCUUUGUGAGCUCUUCAGCCGCAAAUAUGGAAUCAUAAUUUUUUUCCUUGGAAUGAUGUGCUUUUGAUGAUCUUAACUUUGAUUAACACUUUGUAAUGGUGUUAGUAAUGGAGGAAGAUGUUACGGUAAAGGAUGAGUCUUGCAACUCCUGCUGUCAACAGUGGAAAGAGAAGUAUACGAAAUUAAAAGAGAAGCAUUCCAAGGUUGAAGAUGGACGAAAUGCUCUUCGGAAAGGAAUCAAACUUCUUGAGCAGGAAAAUGACAAGCUAAAAUCUGAAUAUCAAGCUCUCAAGAAAGCAUUUGAGGAUGAGCGGGCACGGGCAGAGAGUGAAAAGCAAGAUAAAGUGUUAGAAUCUGCUACACGAGUUACUUUAGAGCAUGAGAUUUCUACUCUGAAGUCUCAGAUUCUUUUGUUGCAGGAGAAUGGAGGUUUGGCAGCUAAAGGAGUGGAUGAGGAGGUUGCAAAUUUGCAACAACGUGUUUCGGAAGCUGAAACAGAGAUAAAUAAGCAUAAGGAGCUUUUACAGAAGGAGAGAAAGAGAGUAGAUACAGAAAAAGAGAAAGUUGAGAAGGAGAGGAAAAAAGCCAGAGAUGCAGCAGAAAAAUUAAAUGCAGAAAAAAAGAAGGCCAGCGAAGAAAAGAGGAUUGCUGAUAUUGAAAGGGUAAAGGUUGAGGAACUUCGACAUCAGUUGGAGAGCUUAAAAUGUGAAGUGGAUGAAGCAAAAUCAAAGUUGGCGUUGGAGACAGCAAAGCAUGAACAGGAAAACAAGAAGCUCAAAGCUGAAAAAGAAAACACAACUAAGGAGAGAAUGCGUGCAGACAUGGAGAAGGCCAAAGCUGCAGAACAAGGUAAGCUUGCGGAGGAAAAUUGGAAGAAAGCUAUGGAUGAGAGAAGUCGUGCUGAUGCUUUGGCUUGGCAGUUGGACAAAAAUAAACAUAGGCUUGAAGAAUUGGAGAAGCAGAUAUCUAAUCUUGUAUCUAACAGAAAGUUUGUUGACAUUCCCGUUGGAAACCCACCUGGUGGACUUGCAGAACUUGCUGGUAAAGUAGGGUCCUUGACUUGGAAGAGUGAAGCUGGUGCACUAGAGGCAUGUAACAAGCUUGGGGAAUGGCAGCAGAAAAAUGUUAGAGAAAAGAAGCAGGCAAUAUCUGAGAUUGAGAAAGCAAAAAACCAGAUGAAGGCUGCAAAAAGAUACAAGAGGAAAGCCAUGGAGGAAAAAAAUCAUGUAGAUCAUUUGUUUCAUGAACUGGAGGGCAAUAGAAAAAGGUUGGAGGAAGUGCAAAGAGAGAUUCAGGAACUUGUUUCAUCUGGUAAAUUGUUUGAGUCAUCUCAUCCUGCAUCUGGUAAAAGUUUGAAAGAUGAAACUGCUGAAAUCAAGCUGUUAAGGAAACAAUUGAAGUUUGAAAAGAAGCGUGUAAAGCAUGCCAAAGAAGUGGCUAAGUUGGAAGUAGGUCGCAAUUGUCUACUUCAGCAAGAAGUACAUCGCCUAAAGCAGGAGUUUAUUCCAUUUGCACAGCGCUUAGAC